AUUUCAUUUUCUCGUCAGCUGGUACAAUGGGUUAUAUUACUGGCAGUACCAAACAGGAAAGUGACAUCACCAAGUUUUAUGGUGAGAUUUACAGACAUUAUGCUCAUGGUUGGAUGUUGAACACGUUUUAUGAAGUUCCUGGUAUUGGCAAGAUUGGAUGGAGUGCAUCCUCGUCACCAUUUCAAUUUGUCUAUCUUAAACCUAUUGCAAAGUAAUGCAUUCUGUAAACCAUAUUCUAGCUUAACUUAAUUGCAUGCUUGUACAUUGUGGGAAUUAAGGAAGGGGUGUGCAUGUUGAGUUGCAAAGGACGGCAGGGGGUGGAUAUGACCUCAUCUGCAAGGAGAGGUGCAGGUUUUCCAUGGGGUGGUGCAUGAGGGAGCCUUACUGCCCACUCUCCUCUGCAGUCUGCAACGCUACUAUAAAGUUUAUAUCGGCUUUUUAUCACGUAUGCGUUGGACAGUUGCUGUAGCACAGUAAAUUUGUGUUGCAGUAAAUUUGUUUCCUAAAGGUACAAUAUAUUUGAAAAUAUGGCUGAAUAACAACCUCAACAUGUUACAUAUUUAACCAUGAUAUUCAACUAAAGCGUUCUGAGUAUUUUCUCGUGAGCUCACAAAUCAAUUAAAUCGUUUCAAGAAAUCGACACGCGCUAACAGUAGAAGUUCCGCUAAUCGCUUUUCGAAAAGUAGAAAAUUCAAGCACAUUUUUUAGGGUGGUGCUAGACUUCUCCAGAGGGAGGGGGAGGGGGGUACCACCACGGUAUCUAAGGCCAGAGUACCCAGAGGAAAACUAUAGCACCCAAAGAAAACGACGGGUCCAUUAUGUCAAUAUGUAAUUCAUAUUUUUUGUGUAUGUUUUGAUGUUAUGUACUCAGGUGAAUGUCAUGUUUUUGAUGUUACUCUGAGUGUAUAUCCAGGCAGGCUGAAAAGUUAGCCUGACCACUUUAUUAAUGACAUAAACUUUAUUCCCAAUGGUUCCUUGCAGUGCUCCAGUAGCGCAUACGUGGGAUUUAAAAAUUGGUAAAUGUUACAUUCACACACAGUUGGUCACUGGCAUCAUAGGAAGACAGAAUCACAAUGUUGCAAAUACGACUGGAGUUACAAAUAUGGUUAGUGGUUUUCGUUUGCGCCAAGUUUACACACGACGGAUGAAACUGCGCACAGCUAACAACUCCUAAACGGACGAAUUCCCGUGCAGGAACAAACUAGACGAAUUUGCAUACGGUGUUGUUUUAACAUGUUAAGUUGCUCUAAAUCAUUUUGAUUGAAACUAAUAAUUUUGAUUGAAACUAAUAAUUUUGAUUGAAACUAAUAAUUUUGAUUCAGUGAAACUAAUAAUUUUUAAUGGAAAUAAUAAUUUUGAUUGAAACUAAUAAUUUUGAUUCAGUGAAACUAAUAAUUUUUAAUGGAAAUAAUAAUUUUGAUUGAAACUAAUAAUUUUGAUUGAAACUAAAAGUUAAGUUUGACUUAUUAAGGCGCAAUGCUCCCUCAUGCGCUCGACUUUGUUAACUAGACUACCUGAUCGCAUUUGUGUUUUUACCCAUCAAGCUUUUUACCAAAUUGGGAUAAUUAUGUCAGUUUAGGCUACGUUCAUACUAUACCGGAUAGCCUUCUGUAGUGGCGCGAAAAAGCACCUAUAUCCGAUACGGAAUGUACAACUUUCAGAAGCUGAGCGAAACAACAUCUCUCCGUUGCAAUAAUUCCUCUCAAAAUAGCGUUCCUAAAAGGUACGGAUAGCUGUUUUUCACCUCGCUACGGAAAUCUAUCUGGUCCGCUGCAGCACCGUAACAAUUUUUUGCUAAGUCAAAACUGUCCUACUUUGUAGAUCACACAGUUCGCUGCGACAGGUGGUCGGAUGAUCGGCAUUGAGUUCACUGGUGAAAGACAGAAACAGUCUGGUAUUGCGCUGGGGAAGAGUGAUUGUAAGUACCAACUUUGUUGAAAACAAGCGAUAUUAUCUGCACUUAAAAACAAAACAAUUAUAUCUAGAAUAUAUCUCCGCGCGAUGCAAACAUACAAAGGACUUAUUGAUCUUUCGUGUUGAUUUUUCUGCUAGUAAUGGGUGUCGACUUAUUGUUCAACGUCCCCAAACAUCCCAAACCAAUUCUGUACAGCUAUCAAUGUGUGAAUGUUCCUGUACGUAUUAUGUACCUUGGAACUGGUAAGCUGGUCAAGGUGGAGUGUGAUUGGAUGCAACAUUUCGCCAGACAUUUGCAGCAAGGGUGGAAACUCAUCGAUAUUUUCUGGGACCAAAGCAAAAAAAGUCAUGGAGGUAAGGUGAUGUUGUUUGCUGUGCUGUGCUGUGGUGUGGUGUAAUGUAGUAUGGUGUGAUGUGGUUGGAUGUGAUGUGAUGUUGUGUGGUAUGGUAUAGUGUGCAUGGUGUGGUAUGGUAUAUAUGCUGUGUGGUAUGGUAUAUUGUGUGGUAUGGUACACUGUGGUAUGGUACACUGUGUGAUAUGGUACACUGUGUGAUAUGGUACACUGUGUGGUAUGGUUAUACUGUGUGGUAUGGUAUAUAUGCUGUGUGGUAUGGUAUGGUAUGGUAUGCUGUGUGGUAUGGUAUACUGUGUGGUAUGGUAUACUGUGUGGAUGGUAUACUGUGUGGUAUGGUAUACUGUGUGGUAUGGUAUACUGUGCAUGUGGUAUGGUACACUGUGUGAUAUGGUAUACUGUGUGGAUGGUAUACUGUGUGGUAUGGUAUACUGUGUGGUAUGGUAUACUGUGUGGAUGGUAUACUGUGUGGUAUGGUAUACUGUGUGGUAUGGUAUACUGUGUGGUAUGGUAUACUGUGCAUGUGGUAUGGUACACUGUGUGAUAUGGUACACUGUGUGAUAUGGUAUACUGUGUGGUAUGGUAUACUGUGUGGUAUGGUAUACUGUGUGGUAUGGUAUACUGUGUGGUAUGGUAUGCUGUGUGGUAUGGUAUGCUGUGUGGUAUGGUAUACUGUGUGGUAUGGUAUACUGUGUAGUAUGGUAUACUGUGUGGUAUGGUAUACUGUGUGGUAUGGUAUACUGUGUGGAUGGUAUACUGUGUGGAUGGUAUACUGUGUGGUAUGGUAUACUGUGUGGUAUGGUAUACUGUGUGGUAUGGUAUACUGUGUGGUAUGGUAUACUGUGUGGUAUGGUAUACUGUGUGGUAUGAUACACUGUUCGGAAUGGUAUACUGUGUGGUAUGGUAUGUCAUUGUAACAUAGGCUACGAUCUAUUCUCAUUUUAGAUCUAAGUUUAUCAGGGGACCACAAUUCAAUCUGGUUCUUUGAGAAAGAGACAAGCAAACUGAAAGUGAACAUGCCCGUUUGGGAAGGAACGAUUGUUGAGUUUAAACACACAGUCAAGGUAGUACACAGUUUACAGACACUCGCACCUUUCUAUGACGAACACUUCUCUACGGACAAUUGCCUAGUCCCAACAAAAUUCUCAUAAACUUUCUUUAACAAUAAUCUCUAUAAUACGAAAUACCCUCGAUACGACAACGGACCCUAAAGCCCUCGUCAAACCAGAAUGAAAAUUGAUGAGAGUUUGCAGUCUCGUGUGUGUUCCAACUAUGUUUUAACUUCAAUAGAAUACAUGAUAGUGUUGGGAAAGCAUUAAGAACAGCUAACCAAGAUCGCGUGACUGUCAACUCUCAUGAACUAAGAUAAGUAAAACGACUUGCGUGAUAGACAGUGUCACUUAUUUUCUAGAUUGGUCUUGGAUCGACAAAACCCAAAAGUGACUGGACACCAAUGUUCACAGAGAUGGGAAGCCGUGGCUGGGAGCUUGCCUGCAUGUUAGAAUCGCCCGAAAUCCUCAGCGUCGGCCUCGGAACUAUUACAUAUAAAGUAUUAUUCUUUUUUCAACGUCCCAUCAUGCAACCUGCCCCAGGGGGAUACCCCUCUCAUGCCUACCCUCAAGCAUACCCCCUCGGUCCUCAACCUAACCCCAAUACCCCUCAAGCGUAUCCCCCUCAAGCUUACCCUAACCCAGGCUAUCCCCAAGCCCCACCGCCUUACACACAAGGUCCCCCUGGGGCAAGUGCCUAUCCAUAUCCUAGCGCUCCCCCACCCUCUGGUCCACCUCGGCCACCUCCCCCUGGAAGCUCUGUCCCACCGGGGGUGCCAUAUAAACAAUAGUUAAUGUAAAUAAGUAGCUAUAGGUGGGUUUCACGCCAAGACUUUUCAAAAAUAUUAAGACUUUUCAACAAUAUUAAGAGUUUUCUAUAUAAUGAAAAGAAUUAACAUAAUUACAUGUAAUGCUGCCAUUUGUUGCACGAAAAUGGGUUGCUGGAACCCACCUAUUCACAGCGUGAACGCUUAAGAUUUUCUGGGAAAAGUAGUCCGGCCUUUCGCCACGAAAAACAAUUCAGACAUGUGAACAGCUAGACGUAUUUCAAUAUUCAGUACAGAAAGCAAUAUGGACAAUGAUUUAGUAU